AUGUUUGACGCCCGUUGUCCCCCUGGAACUGGCCUCCGUGGUACGGCGCGGGGACCACAUCCGGAGCGCCCCGGCCGUCGCUCAUUCCAAGAGUGGCUCGACCUAACGACCGAGAUCGUGCGCGAGGUAUAUGCCUCGGCCCUGUCCAUCCUUCCGCCAGAGUAUCAAGGGAAGGCGCCUCCGCUGCCCCGUGUCGGUACUUUCUGCCGCAACGUUAUGAACGCGGAAUGGUACCCCGUUCUGGACUCCUGGUAUUACCCUGGCAGCUACGAGAUGCUGCGUCCGAUCCCGCUCGAGGAGCUCGGCAUCUGCAACCCGAUGGCCGAUGGUAAUCUCUCUGACGUGCAGGAAUGCGCUCGCGUCGGACACGGCUGGGAGGAGCCGCCGCCGUUUGAGCUCCCUGUUCCCGAGGACUUUGUGGAGGAGAUUGAGCUCAGCGAGGAUGAGUUUGACAAGAGAUUGGCUGAGCUGCAGCAGGAGGCGCACAUCUGA